AAUCGGUUGUGGAAAGACUUUGAUGUUGAAAAAACUCCAAAAUGACGACAGCAUUGAUGAGACGACAACUGCAGUGCCAACAAUGGGAGUCAAUUUGUUUAACGUUAAAAUCAACCAAAAGGAGUAUCAGAUAAGAGAACUUGGAGGAACAAUGGCACCCUUGUGGCCGAAAUAUUAUGAAGGUGUGACAAAGGUAAUUUAUGUUGUGGACGCAUCAAAUUUAUGUCAAAUUUCUGCCGCUGGAGUUCUGUUGUACUCUACUCUGGUACACCCUUCCUUGCAGAAUGCUAAGUUUGUCUUGGUGUUGACUAAGAUGGAUUUGAGCUAUCGUCAAAUGAGGAAUGAAGCACUUUUGAUGCUGCAGAUGAAACGGCUGAUGAAGGAAAUACCUCAAAGUAUGACAAUAACUGAAGCCAGCGCUAUAACUGGCGAAGGGAAAGAAGAAAUACUGAAAUGGAUUGCAAAAUAAUUUGACAAAAUGGAUUUUUUAAAUAAUAUCUUCUUGGUCAUAAUAAGGCGGCUGCCUCGACAGCCACCGAUUCCUUUCUGUGAUGUUUUUUCAUUUCGGAGAUUUAUAUAUUAGUUCAUUUAACACUUCAAUAAAAGUGAGGGGUUUGAGUUUUCU